AUGGAGCUAGUCAAUGGGACGAGAGUUCAGGAAUUCAUUUUGCUGGGAUUUGAGCUUGGGCAGCAGAAGCGUUUCCUCCUCCUCGUCUUCUUCAGCAUUCUCUAUGUGUUGACAUUGGCUGAGAACUUCACCAUCAUCACACUGGUGGUUGUGGACACCCACUUGUCCCGGUUUCCUAUGUACAUCCUGCUGAGCAACUUCUCCUGGCUGGAGAUCUGUUACGUGAGCACCACUGUCCCCCGCAUGCUCUUCGACCUGGCUUCCCUUCGUGGCAUCAUCUCCUUCCCUGCUUGCUUCCUCCAGUUCUACAUCUUCUUCUCACUGGGCACAACAGAAUGCUUCUUCCUCUCCGCCAUGGCCUUGGACCGGUACUUGGCCAUUUGUCACCCCUUGCGCUAUCCCCAAAUGAUGUCCCCAGAUUCUUGUUAUGUUUUGGUAACUGCUUGCUGGCUCCUUGGAUUCCUAGUAUACGUCAUCCCAGUCAUUUUGAUCUCCAAUAUGUCCUUCUGUGGCCCCAAUGUUAUUGACCAUUUUUUGUGUGAUCCUGGACCAAUUCUGUCCCUGGCUUGUCCUCCAUUAGCGAAUGCUCCCAUUGUCCUUCAGACUGCCAUGAAUGUUGUUGUUUGCCUAGGCAAUAUGUUCUUUGUUGUGCUCUCCUACGGGGCUGUGAUUCUCACCCUGAUGAAAACCUCUUGCCAAAGUAACCGAAUGAAGUCUUUCUCCACCAUAUCUUUCCACUUACUGGUGGUGGCACUUUUCUAUGGCCCCGUGGCAGGGUCUUAUGUCGUCCCGGUUGGAGAAAGUGAGAUGAAGGUCAUUAAGGUGAUAACCCUCUUCUACACUGCUGUGACACCAUUUCUCAACCCCAUGAUCUAUUGUCUGAGGAACGAUCAGGUGAAGGAGGCACUGGGAAGGCUGUGGCAGAGAAAGACAAUAUUACUGGAGAGCAGAGUGACAGUGUAG